ACAGAAAACUUUUGCCAUUAGUCUCGCUAUGUCUCCAUCUUGCCAGCCGGAAAAGCAGAAGUCUAAAAUUGGUUUGCCUGUGGUCUUUUUUUAGCCCUCACGGUUCCUGCGAGCCCCAACCGGCUGCCUUUGGUUUUUAAAAUAGCACGCGUUAAGUUUAGUGAAUGAACGCCGUUGUUUCGCUGCAGGCCUUUCUGAGCUGGGACCGAGCUAAUACUUGGCGAAAAAACAAGUAAAAGAGAGCAACAAGUUGGUGCACCGCAGCCCCGGUGUCAACGUGUGUGUGUGGCCGCCCUGUGAAGCUUGAUUUCGGGGAACGACGCGCUGCAAUGAACCGAUUUGCAACGUUGGACCACUAUAAGUCAGCCAUGUUGCUGAGUGGAGUUGGUGAUGCUCUGGGAUACAGGAACCAGCUGUGGGAGUACAAUGAGUCCGGACCAGCUAUUCACCAGGAGCUGAAGGAGCUUGGUGGUCUGAAGAACAUCAAGGCCGAGCUCCCCGACUGGCCGGUGAGCGACGACACGGUUCUGCAUCUGGCGACGGCUGAAGGGCUGGCAACUGGGAAGACUGGGGAGGAGCUCAUGCACGAGGUGGCUGCUCGAUAUGUGGAGGGUAUGAAAGACAUGGACGGGAGGAAACCGGGGCCUUCAAGCAUUCUGGGAGUCUCUCAGCUGAAGCCUGGCGAGGAAGGGGGCUACAGAGUGGCCUAUAACCCAGAGGGGACUGGCUGUGGAGCGGCCAUGAGGUCCAUGUGCAUUGGGCUCAGAUAUCCAAAGCCUGACCAGCUGUUGUCGUUGGUGGCAGUUGCCGUGGAGACGGGCAGGAUGACCCAUCCACACCCCACCGGUUUCCUGGGCGCAGUAGCGUCGGCCCUGUUUACUGCGUACGCCAUCCAGCGCAGGCCUAUCACGACGUGGGGUCUGGGCCUGAUCAACGAGGCCUGUCCAAUAGCGAAGAGCUUUGUUCAGGGUCGUGGCUUCGCCGUGGAGGAGACGGAGAGAGACUGGGGCUACUUCUGUGACAAGUGGCAGUGGUACCUGGAUACGAGGGGCAUCUCUAACGGAGUGGGCCCCGUGAUUUGGCCCUCCUCCUACGGCCCAGCUGAGAGAGAUGAAGCAUACAAGAGCUUCAGCCUGUCGGGCUGGGCGGGACGCAGCGGCCAUGACGCUCCGAUGAUCGCGCUGGACGCCCUGCUGGGGGCGGGUUCGGACUGGGAGGAACUGAUGGCCAGAGCGGCCUUCCACGGAGGCGACAGUGACAGCACAGCAGUGAUUGCUUGCUGCUGCUGGGGUCUCCUCUACGGCACACAGGGGGUCCCCGAAGGCAACUACUCCAACCUGGAGUACAGGGAUCGACUGGAGCGCAGCGGCGAGCAACUGUACGCCCUGUCACACUGAGAAGGCCGCCACAGCCUGCUGCACUGACAGCAUCCUACAUCUCGCACUGAGGGGAAACUAGGCCACACACUCUGACACAUUGACGUACAGCUAGCUGGUGCACUCGGUAGUACAUUGAUCUAGAGUGCCGUCACAUAACCCCAAAGUGUGGUGUCAGAACUUGCCUGAAGGAGAGGCAGAGUGUCCCAGUAACCCAAAGAAGAGUCAAUCUGCCACAAGGACUGUGUGCCUCAUGAUAUUUGCACUGAGGCUGGUGUUUUAUGAGGGGUCCCCCUAGUGACCAUUUUAAAUUAUCAUGCAGAGCUAUAUGACCAAGUGGAACGAAUCCGAGCUAAUGAGAAUGUGAAGAGAAUAAAGAAAAAGUCCCCUAGGAGGUAAUUACUUCGUUUUGUCAGCCUGACAUAAUAGCAAAUGCUCAGCAAGCUUAAAAUUAAAGGUGCUCUUGUUAUUGUCUAAUGAAAAAUACAUUUAUGUGUCUCAUUAUAGUUAACUGUAACUUCAUGCUGUGCAGAGCUAAACUGUAACUGCAAGCACAAUUAAUGAUACAAUAAAUUAAACAAACAAAGCUUUG